GCUAUGUAAAUCCCUCACAUCGACCAAGACGCUCUUUCUUCUUUCUUCUUCGAAAACCCUAACCCUAAAUCGGCAAUAUAAUACAAGGCACUCUUCCCUUCCCCUUUUUGCGAAAACCCUAACUCUAAUUCAACUGGUUAGCUGGUUAGUGUAGCAGCGAUAAUGUCACAUUUUGGAAGAUCAGGUCCUCCCGAUAUCAAAGACACCUUCUCCCUCCUCGUCCUCAAUAUUACAUUUCGCACUACUGCCGAUGAUCUAUUCCCACUCUUUGACAAGUAUGGGAAGGUUGUUGAUGUGUUCAUCCCAAGGGAUAAGAGGACUGGAGAUUCACGUGGGUUUGCAUUUGUGCGGUAUAAGUAUGCAGAUGAGGCGCAAAGAGCUGUAGAGAAACUUGAUGGGAGAAAUGUGGAUGGGAGAGAGAUUAUGGUUCAGUUUGCGAAAUAUGGACCUAAUGCGGAGCCCAUUAAGAAAGGAAGGAUAGUUGAAUCAUUUCCUAAGACAAGGGGUAGAUCAAGGAGCCGCAGCCCAAGGCCGAGGUAUCGUGGUGAUAAUCGAGAUGAAUAUCGCCGUCGAAGUAGGAGUCGUAGUAGGGGCAGGUAUGGUCGUGAUAAGUAUCGGGGGAGGGAAAGAGAAUAUCGCCGUCGAAGCAGGAGUCGCAGAGCAAGUCCUGAUUAUAGUAAAGGUACUAAGGGUAGGUCAGCUGACGAGCCAAGGAGGAGCAGGACUCGAUCAUAUGACAGUGAAUCUCCUGCUCGUCGCAGUCGUUCUCCUCAGAGAAGCAUUUCCCCAAAGAAGAGUCCUCGUGAUGAAAACCCCAAAAAGCGCAGUGUAUCUCCACCAGGUCGACGUGCAUCACCACCUAGUCAACGCACAUCACCACCUAGUCGACGUGGAGAUUCUCGAAGCUUGACACCUCGUAAAUCAGGAUCUGAGGAAUAAGGAAUAGGGUUGGUGAUGCCAGGCAUUGUUGAUUGUAAUCAAGGGUGAACUCUGUCUUUUCGUGUUUCUAUGAUGAUUUCUGUGAAUCAUGCGGAUGCUUACUGUUGGAAUUGUUGAAUGCUAGUUGGGUAGCUGAGACACUUUCCCGAGGUUACUUUUGUUCUUGGAACUUUUUUCUAUUUCUCCAGGAUGAUACUAUUCAAGGGGCACCUUGAGACUUUAGGAAUGGGAUGUGGAUUAUAUUAUUACAACAAGCUAUGUUCUGUAUUCCAAAACGAAUUACUAGGCCCCAAUCUCCUGAUGAACCAUACUGUUCGGUUUGAGAUCUCUAUGUUCGUGGAUCGAAUUUGUUGUUGCUGAUGGCCAAGUUGGUGGAAAAGGAAUAAUAUUCUUGAUGAUGAUGUUGUAGCUGUGGCUGUGUAUACUUAGAUUGAUGUCCGGUACAAUGCUGAUACCAGUUUGCAGACAUCAAGAACAUGCUGUGCUUUUAUUAACUAAAAAAUGAAACAGGUUCCAUUUAGUCAUUUGAUUGGUAAGGUUCUCAUUUUUUUCUUUUCCUGAAUAGUCUUUGGGUUGGUCUUUGAGAUUCUGACUUUUGCCUGACCAUGCAUCCGGAGCUGUGGUGGUUUAAAUUUGGGCUGAGAGAGGAAUGAGGAGCUGUGGUUAAAAGAUGGUUGGAAGGGCAAUACAUGUGUUGAUCUUUAACUGAGAUGCUGUUAAUUGAUCUGGAUGCUCUUCAAAAUCUCUGAUGCGGCCAUGCUGAUACAACAGUGGAAACUGCUGCUUCGGCUGUCACCUGUGGAGAUUGGGUCGUGUUUGGAAAUAGUUGGUGCUGAUAAAUUAUACAAUAUGCACAACCUCUCAUGGCUGGAUGAUUAUGGCUUGGCUUGAUAUAUCGACCAGGAUAUGCUGGUUCAUCUCAUGCAGAAAUGAGGGUCAUUUUAUGCACUCAUUUCAGCCUUGUUUUCAUUUUGUUAUGAAGGCGAUUUUUAUAUUUAAAUGUAAUUCUGCCAAUUGAUAUCUUUUAGCUUUAGUUCUUGAGAACCCAAAGGGGAGCUGUGAAAUUUUAUAAUGCCUUAUUGAUGAGGGAAUUUUUUUUUUUUAGAAUGCCCUCUACAUGAUGUCUUGUGACUCUGGUCUUUGAUGCAGUUUGUGGAAAUGUUGCAGAAACUAAUUUUUUCUCGA